UUCCCUUUCUAACGCCGCCGGUGAGAAGCAGAAGGCUCGGAUGAUUCAAAUUUCGAUCAGCACUCCAAGCCCGACGGAUCAGGAGAAGGAUUCAAAUUUCCAUCGGCACUCAAAGCCCGACGAAAGAUUAGGAGAUUUCUCUAUACGUGUAAAGCAGGAAAUGAGUUUGCAAAUGAAAGCUCUUUCCUUCACCUGUAAUCAGUUCACUCCGCCUAUUUCGCGCGCGCUCCUUCCGCUUGGACUGAGUAUGGAGCUUCCUCUUCUUCUUCACCUAUUUCGCGCUUGCUACUUCCGCAUCGAGGCUUCCUUCCGCAUCGAGGCUUUUUCUUUACCUAUUUCUUCUGUAAUCGAGCAUCUUCUCCAGUUUCACCGAAGUUCUACCUUCGCCUCUCCUUACUUCCCAAAAUGGCCACCGCCGCUGAUUCUGCUUGCGCCGUCACAAUGAUCGGGCUGCUUCAUGCAUUUCGGAAAUACAUUCAUAAGCCUCCAGCCACGUUACCCUCUUCUCCGAAAAAUUUGCUUCAGCCUCCAGUCAAGUUACCCUGCUCUCCAUUUCAUCCUUCUAGCAUUUAUUUCAAUUCUCCCACCUCCAAAUAUCCUUUCUUUCCCAUUGCUGUCCGACCCUUGAUCACUAACCUAAACCCCUCUUCCAUUACUAUCCCACCCAAGGCUAAACAUGGAUCAUCCCGCAAGGUGAAUAUCAGAUGCAGAUUCGGUGGUAAGCUCAUGCCACGCCUUAGCGACGGUGCUCUACACUACGUGGGCGGACGAACGCGUAUAACAGACUUCCGCCGAGAUUUGACACUACAGGAGCUUUACUGCAAAAUGGAAGAAAUCUAUGGCGGACCUGCUAACAUAUGCUACAAGCUUCCUGAUCAAAACCUUGACAGACUCGUCUCCAUCUCAACUGCAGAAGAUUUGAAAAAUAUGUUGAACAAGUAUGACUACCUCAAAAAGACCGCUAAAUGUGGAUACCCGAGACUUCAUAUCUUCCUCUUCCCCUUGUCAAAUAGGGAGAAUUCUUUGGCUGACGUCAAUGAUGCGGCUUGCAAUAACAGUGGGCUGAGUUGCAUCGAGGAAGUCAAUGGAGCUACUAAGGCUCAUGGAUUCAAAACAUACAAGAAUGAUGACCAAAAAGCCGCCACCUCCAUGUUGCAUGUAGAUGACAAAGGUGACAGAAGCGGUAUGUCUCCUAUCAUUUUAUUCUUCUAUUAUUGCUUUGGUUUCUUUCAACUCAUCAUUAAUUGACUUUUUAGGGAAUGAAAAUACUUCCGUGCCAGAGCAUCAGAGUUUUUUGGCUCAUUCAAAUAUUAAUGAUGAAAUAAAUGGGAUCCCUCAAAUAAUCAAUCCGCCGAAUGAUGCGCUUUAUGUUUUACCAACUUAUGAAGAGCCUCGGCAAAUUCAUUACACUACACCCUCUUCUUCUGCUAUGGCCCAUGAACCUCAACCGCAAAAUCAUCAAUUGUAUGGAGAAUAUUUGUCUGGGAUAUCCAAUUCGAACUCAAUCUUCCAAAAUCAGGAUCCUCUGAAUGUUCCUGGUCCCUCGAACAUUGAUUCAUAUUUUGGGCAUUUUAGACAUACACGAGAGCCGCGUCAGAUUCAUUACAUUACACCAUUUUCUUUUGCUAUGGCCAAUGUGCCUCAAUCGCAAAAUCAUCAAUUGUUUGGAGAAGUUUUUCCUGAGAUAUCUGAUACAAACUCAAUCUUUCAAAAUCAGGAUCCUUGGAAUGUUCCUGGUCCCUCGAACAUUGAUUCAUAUUUUGGGCAUUUUAGACAUACACGAGACAUAGGCACUUAUGAAGCAGAUGAAGAUCUUCGUAAUAUUGUUGAAUUAGUUGAAUCAGUGAUUCAAUCCCCUUGAGGUUUGUGUCUUCACUCUUUUAUUUUGAUCAAAUGAAUCUAGUACAAUAUUAUUUUAUUUGAUU